GAAGGUGUAUGCUGGUGUCCCAGAUAAACAAACCAAAGAAAGAAGGUAUGGAACACAUUACAGCAAGCGAAGUUGCAGGCUUUGGAGUUGGCACUUUGUUAGUAUGUGCUACAAUUGCUGCCCCCAAAGUUGAUGCUUUCAUUUCUGCAUCACAAAGAAGUUCUUUGGGCUUGUGCAAAAGAUGCGGUGAUGUAAGGAUGAUAGCAUGCUCAAGAUGUAGAGGAACUGGAUUAAUCAAAGCAAAUGGACCAUUCAGUUUUAACCUUAUAGAUGAUUUAUAUCAGUCCUUUGCAAGUGCUGAAUUGAAAGUAAAAUCUAUUGGAUGUACAAAAUGUCAAUCUAGAGGUCACUUCAGCUGCCCUGAUUGCUCUAAUAUACCUAAAGUUUGAUUCUCAGUCAUGCCAUUGAAGACAUAUCUUUUUUUGUGCUCAUGCUUAUGAUCACGAGCUUUCUUCCUAUAGCCAUUGUACUUAAAAUUUUUUCUCUUAAUACACUGGAUUUUGUAAAUCCUCUUGUAGAUGGAGAUUUGUGACAGUGGCUCCUAUUUAUACUGAUUUCAUUUGUCAAUGUCAACGUUAUAAUGGAUGUGUUAUGAAUCCCGUCUCUUCCCUACAUUGUACUUAAAACCUUUUUGUCUGAAUGCACUGGAUUUGAUUAUCGCACUUGUAGAUGUAGAUUUGUGAGAGUGGCUUCUAUUUAUACAUGUUUCAUUAUCAAUCCCAAAGUUAUA